AAAGAGGCAAUCGAAAUCAGAACCCACCACCCCUUUUCAUAGCCCUAGAAAUUCUUCCUCAAUUCAAUGAUUCAUGAACAUUAAUAUCCAAUUGUUUCCUCCCUCCCCCUUCCCUCCCUUUAGUAGAUAAAUCAUCCGCCAUCAACAUUUCUCUCUAUCUUCACGCAGUUUGAUUUCCUUUGAAGAAAAAUGCAGUCGAUCACGAACAUCAGAACCACCUACGGCCUCCCUCUUUGCCUCUCCGGAAUCACCCAUCACCACCACCUUUCUCUCUCUAAACAGAUUGCAGAUCAUGAUCGGAGACGAGAGGCAAUGAAGGUAGCUACAUCGGAAACCAGAAGUCGCGGCGGCGUAAUCAACGGAGAGGUAAGAGAAAAUGAAGUUAUCCACAGAUCAUCAGAUCUGAGAAAGUUUAGCGGCGAUGAUGAUGAUCAAUCAUCACUUCUUCAUACUUCAUGUACAGCCAAAGCUGCUUAGGAGUUCCAUUUUCAGUCUAUUUUGAUUUUUUUUUUUUUACUUUAUAUAUUUGAAAACUCUUAUGGAUCAGCUUCGGAUUUGCCCUAAUUUGAUUUAUGAAAGCAAC